AUGGUCUCGUCGUUCGAGCAGUUCGUCAUUUGGAUAAAUCACAGUUCUGUAGGACAGUCGCGGAAGCGAUACGGGUUCCUGCGGGUGCAGCUGAAGUUGCCGGAGCAGUUUGAGCUGGAGAUCGAUCAGCCGGAGUUUUCUGAAGAGGCUGCAGACGAGGUGCUCCCAGAGUUCUCAAAGGAGAACUCCGAGCUGCGCGUCAGCGUGAAUGUAAAGCGCAUCAGCACUGUGAGCCUCCCCCGGCUCAGCUUGAUCAGCGGUGCCAGCUUCGAGGCGGACCCUGCCUCAGCGAUCCAAGGGCCACCCUGCCUGCUGGCGCGGCUGUCGCAAUCGAGUGGGCGGCAAAGCACGGGCAAAGGGACUCAGCCGCUCGACGCACCUCGAACUUCAGGAAUCACCGAGAAGCUCGUCCUCAAGAGCCGCUGGAGCAAGGAGAUCAAGACCAUUUCCACAAUGGGCACGCAGCUGCUGGAAGAGAUGCACCAGACGGCACAUCGCGAGUCCGCUGACGGCCGCUACCGUCGCCAAAAUCAGGCGCGGCGGACCAUAUUCGACAGGGCGCGUCCGCGGUGGCUUCCGCUGCAUCCCGGUUCUUCUGUUCGGCUGACUUGGGAUGCCCUGGCCCUGGUUCUGCUGUUCUACGAUGUGGUCUACAUCCCUCUGGGAGCCCUCGACCCUCCCAGUACUACGUUCACCGACGUGCUGGAGUGGUUUUCCCUGGUCUUUUGGACCCUUGACAUGGUCAUGACCUGUCUGUCGGCAUACUAUUACAAGGGCGAAAUCGUGACCGAGUUCCGACGCAUUGCGAAGAACUACCUGAAGACAUGGUUUUUCUUGGACGUCGUGGUGCUGGCACCGGAGUGGAUGGAGCGACUGGGCUCCGCCGGCGAAGAAUCAGGCGAGGCCUUCAAGAUCAUCCGGUCCUUCCGAUUCCUGCGCACGCUACGGCUGCUACGGCUGCUGAAGCUCCAGAAACUCUUGGCUAUGGUCUAUGACUUGAUCGACAGUGAGUUCACGUUCAUCAUGUUCACAUGCAUCCGCCUGAUCUUUUUCAUCGUUGUCCUGAACCACUGCAUUGCUUGCGUGUGGUACUGGGUUGGGAAGUCAUCGCUUGAGGGCGGCUAUGAUAGCUGGAUGAACAUAGGUGGCGUGCCCAUCAUUGAGGCCAGCUUCCCAUACCGCUACACUACGUCGAUGCAUUGGAGUUUAACUCAGUUCACACCUGCUUCAAUGGAGAUUUCGGCUCGAAACACUGGCGAACGAGUAUUCUCGAUCAUGAUCCUCUUCUUUGCGCUCAUCGUUUUCUCCUCCGUGAUCGGCCAGGUGACCAGUUCUAUGAUGUCUCUUCAGAACAUGCAGGCCUUGCGCGAUGAGUUUACUGGCCAGCAGCAGAAAGCAGUUUUGGCUCCUCCGGCGCUUCCUGAACGCUCGCAAGGCGAGGUGCCCAAGAAGAGCCGCAGUCGGAUCAUCCGCUUCCUGGAGCAGCGCGUGCCGAAAGAAAGUCAGAAAGUGCAGCAGAGGGACAUCAAGAUCCUAUCUCUGCUAUCGGAGCCCUUGAAGGACUUGCUCGCUUGGGAGCUUCAUCGAAGGCUUCUUGGGCGCCAUCGGCUCUUCUACAUACUUCAUGGGGCCAUCGAGGCCAUGAUGAUGAGGGUGUGCAGCGUCGCCGUCUCCGAGUCGACCUUGGCAGAGCAGGAUGAACUCUUCCGUGCCGGUGAGAGCGCCUCGCACAUGACGUUCGUCCUUUCGGGGCACUUCCACUAUCAGCCGGGUGCUCGUGAUGUAUCGCAGCGGUUCACAGCCGUCAAGACGGGUGAGCCCAAGACUUACCCAGAUGCGCAUGUCAGUGUACUGGGCAACCAGCCAGCGCUUCAAUGCAAUGUUGUUUCAGUCAUACGGCUCUGUCAUCUGGACCCUGGCAAGUUUGCAGAUGUCAUGCAGGCAGGGCGCAUAUUUGGCGCAGACCUUAGCAUCUGCGCACAUCACGGGCCGUGGAACUUCUGCAAGCAGUACGCGUUGGGCUUUCUUGAUGCCCUCAACAACCUGGAGCCUCGGCUUUGGAAGGUGCGAGUCAUCACCCGGCAGUGGCUGGUCUUUCACCAGUUUGAUGUGGCCUUGAUUCAGGAGCACCACCUUUCGGAGAGGGCCUUUCAUGCUGAAACGGUGGCCCUCGCCAAGGCAGGCUACCAUGUCCAUGGCCAGCAUUCCCCUGUUCGCAAGCGGGAGAUUGGGGGUGUGAUGGUGUGUGUUAAGUCGCAUUUGCAGGCCAGACACGUUCACACCUUUCAGGAUCCUGAAACGGGCUGUGGUUUCGUAGCUGUCGCUAUUCGGGUGACGGGUUUCGACUUAGCCCUCUUGUCGCUGUAUCUUGAGUCAGGCAGCACUUUUGAAGGCCGGGCCAAUACCUUGGUCCUGUCCAAUAUGUAUGCAGUGAUUGCCUCGCUCAAGUGCCCGUGGUGCGUGGUUGGAGACUGGAACCUAGACCUCCAGCCAAAUUUGCGCUCCAUCACUGACUCCUUUGACCCUAUUCUUGAUGACCAGCGCAAUUUGCAACCCCCGGUUGUGUCACCGCAGAGGGUCACCCUCCUGGAAAUCGAGGCUUGUGACCCCGCCUCCCUCGCCUUUGCGGAGUUUUCUGCCACCGCUGAGGCCUCAGGUUUACUCGGUAGGACCAUGGGCAGGGGGGUAAACUUGCCGACGAUUCGUCAGCCGGCCGUGUCGCAACCCCCCAAUGACUACCAGUGGUUUGGUCACGAGCACUCUGUCUGGUCCCAGCUCGCAGGCCGGUUCAAGGCUGGGGGGCCGCCCAAUGAAACCCUUUCCCUGCUCUCCAAGCUCGGCCCUGAGCAUCAUCAAUGGGCAGACGAAGCCCGGGACACUGUUUCAAAUCAUCGUGACCUCGCGGCCCUGAGGUCCCAUGCUGAGGCGCAGGCCAAGCUUGCUAAGACCGCUCAGCAGGGAGCGCAGGCGGAGUCAUAUCAACAAUGGCUGUUAGGAGCCCUGUCGGCUGGCAUGGGGCCGGUGUAUCGUGCUCUUAAAAGCCACGAACAGACUCUCGCCCGGCCCUUUCGGGACCAGUCGGCCCUUGCCCGGGCUUACUGUCGCAUGGAGUUCUGGAGCCGCAUCUGGGAUGCGUCAAUUGUGCCGCCGCAGCCUCACCUGUCUGCAGAGCGCCUCGCCUUAAGGGCUGAGGCCCUGCAGCAGGCGCAGGAUCUGUCACCGCUAUCUUGGGAGCAGGUCAAGACAGCGUGCCUGGCCACGGGCAACAAGAAGGGAGGCCUUGAUGGUUGGUCGUACAAGGCUCUGCGUAACCUCCCUGACUUCUGCUACCGACAGCUUGCGGGGCUCUUUCGUCUUGCUGAGACGGACCUUACUUUGCCGCUUCAAAUGCUUACGGUGCAGGUCGCCCUUCUUGCAAAAACCCCAGAAAAAGAGCGCCCCAUAUCUCUCACAUCGGUCCUUUGGCGAGUGUACAGCAAGCUGCGACGCCCGCUCCUGGAGAGCUGGUUAAAGGAGUACGCGGCCUUUGCCCCUUUCGACUCCGCCACCCCAGGACACACUUCCCUUGACCCAGCACUUUCUCGCUUGAUCAAGGCAGAAGAUCAUAAGUUUCGCAAAGUUACUUUCAUAACUUUGUUCGUUGAUCUUGAAGGUUUCUAUGAUGGGGUAGAUUUUUCUCGACUGAUAUCACAGGGCAAAGCUUUGUCAUUUCCACCCUUGCUUUUGGAACUUAGUCUUCAGCUUUACAAUGGGCCUCGUUGUCUCCAUGGCGAGGGGGUCAGCACUGUUGCUUUGUGGCCCCAGAGGGGCAUCCUUCAGGGGUGCCCGUACGCACCCACGGUUGCAAAACUCACCACUCAUGCUCCGCUGCAGGGCAUCUCCCAGCACCGUGGGGUCAGCCAUGCUGAUUUAUGGCUUGAUGACAUCAGUGUCGAUGUGUCUCAUGCUGACCCGGAGGUUGCGGCCUCUUUGGCCCUGUCGGCCUCCAGGAAAUUGGAGGCCCUGCUUUCCGUUGAGAAGCUUCGCAUUAACAAAACCAAAACCAAGUUUGUUGUCAAUAGUGCCAAGGCGGCCAAAGCACUCAACAGUAUGCGUGUUGAAGGCGAUCCUCAGGUUGCUGACUUGGUCCGGGACCUUGGACUUGACUCGGCAGGUGCCAAGCGCAGAAGGGUUACGCAUGCUUUGAAACGCUUCAAGGUCGGCCGUGCCCGAAACCAGAAACUUCACCAACUUGGCACAGGCUGCAAAGCCCACAGGUUGUAUGCCACUUCCAUUCUUACGGCCGAGAUCUAUGGUUGCCAGGGACAGGGCUUGUCCCCCAAAAGGCUCAAGGUCGUUCGCGCAUCCAUCUCCAGGCAUGUUGGGCGGUCCAAGUGGGGCUCUGUCGACGUGUCUCUGGACUGUAUGUCCUUUCGUUGCCAAGACCCAUUGUUGACAGUUGUCCUUGCGCAGGCUGAUGCUUUGUAUAAAAUGUUCGGCCCCUCCACGGCACAAGGCUGGGAAAUCCUAGCCCGCACCUGGAAGGUGGCCUGGACUCGCCAAGAGGCGGCCGUGCAUGGAUGGAAGUGUGUUGCAGGCCCGGUUGCUGCUAUGGUGCAGUAUUGUAUUGAUUUGCGCAUCAAUGUCAGUGAUCCUCUGCGCUGGGUUCAUAGCAGCGGGGUUCUUCUGCUUGAUGUCACCAACCCUGGCCUUUUCCUGUCAGUUCGCCGCUUUCUCACUCAGGUUGUUGCCCUUGAAAGGGCGUCCCGCUUUGGUGCAGUUCCCACUGCCCAAGGUGCCCAGCAAGGAGUUGACUGGUCAGUCCACCGAAAGCUCUUGAAGGUCUCCAAGCCUUCAUCCCCACGAUGGGCCUUUCACGCCGUGUGGCAAGGACGCACCUUGCACGCUGGGAAUGGUCCCAAAGGCUUGGACGACCCCGCAGGUCUCGGCCUCAGCUUUGGAAACCAGGGUGACAGGGCCACCACUGGCAGCUUUGACCUCACAGGUGAUUGCAAGCCGGCUCUCAAAGCCCUGGCCUUUGAGGCUGAAUUCCCUGGUCAGCUUUGGCGCCGCGAGCUCAAUGCCAAAGCAGACACUCUCGCAGGGUUGGUGGAGUCUCCACCCGAUCUAUUGCCAGUGCUUUUCAAUCUGCCAGCACCUUCGGUCAACCCUCCAGCUGGGCCCGUCGCCUCCUCUGCAGCGGCUGCCCCAAGGUUGCCGGAGUGCCAAGGCGAGGUCACUCAGUCCACAGGCAUGCCAGCAGCUGUUCCGCCAGUGAAGCCCAAGGCCCAAGGCCUGCUAAGCAUGGCGCCCAAGCAAGAAGGGCGGCACAUAUCCACGCAACUCCGCCGUGAGGAGCGGGGAUUAUCAUGGAAAUCAGCGGCGACGAUAGACCGACAGCGGGGCCGUAAGAAAGCCCGCAAGCAGAAGAAGCGCCGCGAACAAUAUGAGCACGCUGGCAGGAGAACUGAGGAGGCUUGGCCGCCCCCACCACCUCCACCAGGACCUCGUGCGGAGGCGAGACAUCGUGAAGAUGAAGAGCUGCCGUACGACUUGGAGGAGCCCUCGCCUUCAGGGCUGAGGGCUCCCUCCACUGCGGCUGCUUCCAGCAGCCAGGGCCCAGCACGGGAGGAGCCCUCGCCUUUAGGGCUGAGGGCUCCACCCCCUACGGCUGCUGCAUCCAGCAGCCAAGGCUUACCUUUGCAACGACUUUCAGAAGCUGAAGAGCCACCGGUGGACCAGGACGACUCCAGCAACUGUCUUCAAUCUGACAGCAGUGAGACACCACAGCCUGCAGUCGCGCUGAAAGAUCGCCCAAGUGACUUUGGCCCUCUUCUUCAUGAGGAUGGCCUAAUCACUUUCUUAUGUGCAGCUGCGCCCCAGGUGAAGCAUCCGGUGAACCACUACCAGUGCCUUCCGGAAAGCCUUGAAGUUUACCAUGACUUUGUCACUGGUGGGCGAACAAAAGCUGCUCGAGCGAGACGGCUGGGUUUCGGAAAGUCCCGGACAGUUUACGUUGACCCUGGCUCCUCGGAACACGUUCUGAAGUUGGCGCCACCACAAGGCCACGGGCCAGAACCGGAAGCUUGGAGACGGCUCCCUCAUAUAGUGCCGUGCACUUUGGAUGCGGGUAUUCACCUGCUCACGCUUUCUUGGAAGAGCUGCUAUGAUAUCAUCUCCACGCAUGUUUUGAGGCAGUCUAGGCUCACUCCACUUUCGGUGUGGAGGCCAGCUCCGCCGGACCUUGAUAUGGUCCGCUACAUGAUGGCACUGACUGCGGAGGCCUCCCGUUUCUACAAUCUCAAGGAUCUUGGCUUUUUCAACUUUGGUGUUGAUGCCCGUGGCUUCAUUAUGAUGUGGGACACCGCAGACUGGCUUCCAUGGGAGGGUCAAAGGGCACACUGGCCGAACAGACAGCGUGCCUCGGCUUUCUGGAGCGCGGUCAAGAGGAGUGUUCCAGACCACUUUCAGGAGCUACUCCAGCUUGUCAGCAACGCCUCGCCUGAGGAGGUGCUGCAACGGCUACGACCACUCCUUACGCAGCACUACAAGUGGUGCCUGCUACAGCAGGGAGUUUUCCUUGGUGACUAG